AUAGACUCAAUGGAAAACAAAAAGUCCAAGUUAGUGAACGUGUUUCGGCGGUUUUUCAAAAGAAACUCCCAAAGAAAUACAAUGAUCCAGGCAUGUUCACUAUACUUUGUAAAUUGGGAGGUACUACGUUUUCAAAGGCCAUGCUAGAUUUAGGAGCGUCAAUUAAUGUCAUUCCUUACUCUCUAUACAAAUCACUUGAGCUUGACCCUCUAAAUGAAACCGGAGUAGUCAUUCAACUUGCGGAUAGAUCAAAUGCUUAUCCUAAAGGUAUUGUCGAAGACUUACUAGUUAUGGUUGACAAUUUGAUCUUUCCCGCCGACUUUUAUGUUUUGGAAAUGGAGAAUGAUAAGAAUUCGGUGCCUAUCCUUUUAGGGAGACCAUUUUUAAAAACCGCUAGAGCAAAGAUUGAUGACUUUAACAGAUCUUUAACAAUGGAAUUUGAUGGAGAUAAGGUUGAGUUCAACAUUUAUGACUCCAUGAAAUACCCAAAUGAAAAUCAUUCUUUGUUUGCCAUUGAUGUUAUUGAUCCUCUUGUACAAAACACGUUUGAAAUAAAUGGAGAGGAUGAACUGUUGAGCAUAAUUGAGAACGAUUUGGGGGUAAACUCUUUAGAACUUGCCUUGACCCCCAACACACAAGCCAUGAUGGUGGAAUUGGAUAACCAUUUCCAACUUCCACUUAUGCCACCGGGGUCAAGAGCAUUUCCACUAACCAUCCCCGAAGAGAAGCCUUUGCCUUCUAUUUUGCAGGCCCCCGAAGUGGAAAUGAAGUCACUCCCAAAACACUUGAAAUAUGUGUUCUUGGGAGAAAAACAAACCUUGCCGGUCAUAAUCUCAAACAAACUGACCGGAGAUCAAGAAGGCAAGUUGAUAGCGGUGCUCAAGGAGCACAAACUAGCAAUUGGAUGGACUAUAGCCGACAUCAAAGGCAUUAGUCCAUCUACAUGCAUGCACCGCAUCUUGAUGGAGGAUGAAGCUAAGCCGGUGUGACAGCCGCAAAGAAGAUUAAACCCACCGAUGAUGGAGGUGGUCAAAAAGGAAGUCAUCAAGCUACUUCAAAUGGGGAUAAUCUUCCCCAUUUCCGAUUCAAAGUGGGUUAGUCCAACCCAAGUUGUUCCCAAGAAGACCGGAGUCACGGUGGUGGAGAACAAAGAUGGAGAACUUAUACCCACCCGAAUUCAAAACGGAUGGAGGGUAUGCAUAGAUUACCGUCGACUCAAUGCGGUAACUAGAAAGGAUUUCUUUCCUUUGCCCUUCAUUGACCAAAUGCUUGAGAGACUUGCCGGGCAUAAGUUCUAUUGUUUUCUUGAUGGCUACUCCGGGUAUUUUCAAGUGUCUAUAUCCCCUGAAGAUCAAGAGAAGACCACCUUCACUUGUCCAUUUGGCACCUUUGCAUACCGACGCAUGCCAUUUGGACUAUGCAAUGCCCCGGCCACGUUUCAAAGAUGCAUGAUGAGCAUAUUCUCCGAGUAUGUUGAACUGUUUAUGGAAGUUUUUAUGGAUGAUUUUACAAUCCAUGGAGACUCAUUUGAUUCAUGCUUACUCCAUCUAUCUCUUGUUUUGAAAAGUUGUUUAGAAUCAAAUCUUGUUCUAAACUCUGAAAAAUGCCACUUUAUGGUGGAGGAAGGAAUUGUUUUAGGCCAUGUGAUCUCAUCCAAAGGGAUAGAGGUAGAUAAGGCCAAAGUUGAAGUUAUCCAAUCACUCCCUUAUCCUACUACCGUUAGGGAGAUACGGUGAUUUCUUGGACAUGCAGGUUUCUAUCGGAGAUUCAUCAAAGACUUUUCAAGGAUUGCAUCUCCUUUGUGCAUACUUUUGCAAAAGGAGGUGGAGUUUAUCUUUUCCGAAGAAUGCAAGAAGGCCUUCAACACUUUGAAGGAGAUGCUAGUUACUGCCCCCAUCAUUCAAGCACCCGAUUGGUCUCUUCCUUUUGAGAUCAUGUGUGACGCUAGCGAUUAUGCGGUAGGAGCCGUCUUGGGCCAAAAGGUUAGAAGGGCCUCUCAUGUGAUCUAUUAUGCAUCCACCACCCUCAAUGACGCCCAACGCAACUACGCCACCACCAAGAAAGAAAUGUUGGCCGUCGUCUAUGCACUUGAAAAAUUCAGGUCAUACUUACUUGGAACCAAUGUGAUCAUUUACACCGAUCACGCAUCUCUUAAGUUCUUGAUGAUGAAAAAGGAGGCCAAGCCAAGGCUAAUUCGAUGGAUACUCCUUCUAAGCGAGUUCGACGUCGAAAUCAAAGACAAGAAGGGCAUGGAAAACUUGGUGGCCGACCACUUGAGCCGACUCGUUCUUGAUGAAGGGAAUGAUCAUGCAAAGGACGAUAUCCGAGGGGAAUUUCCCGAUGAGACCCUUUUUUAUCUAAAGGAAAUUCGCCCUUGGUAUGCUCACAUUGUUAAUUUCCUUGUCCUAAACAGGUUCCCACCAAGCUUCUCCAAAUCUCAAAAAGAGAAACUCCAACAUGACGCCAAACAAUAUGUGUGGGAUGAACCUUAUCUUUGGAAGCAUUGCAAAGAUCAAGUCAUUAGAAGAUGCAUUCCUGAGAACGAGAUGGCCUCCAUCCUUGCAUUUUGCCAUUCACACGCUUGCGGAGGACACUUUGGAGACAAGCGAACAUCAAUGAAAGUACUUGAAUGCGGUUUUUGGUGGCCAAGUUUAUUUCGAGAUGCCCAUAUCUUUUGUCAAGCUCGUGACAACUGCCAACGCAUGGGAAACAUCUCUCGGAAACAUGAGAUGCCUCAAGUCCCGAUGCUCUAUGUGGAAAUCUUUGAUGUAUGGGGAAUAGAUUUCAUGGGACCUUUUCCGAACUCGCAUAGAAACUUAUAUAAUCUCUUGGCGGUGGACUACGUGUCAAAAUGGGUGGAAGAAAAAGCCACCAAGACCGAUGAUGCCAAAGUAGUGAUGGACUUCCUCAAAACCCGCAUCUUCUCAAGGUUUGGAGUUUUACGAAUUCUAAUCAGCGACAGGGCACUCACUUCUACAACAAAACUGUGAGUGCUUUGUUAAAGAAAUACGGCGUCACUCAUAAACUCUCCACCGCCUACCAUCCACAAACGAACGGCCAAGCCGAAGUCUCAAACAGGGAGCUGAAAUCUAUACUCCAAAAGACGGUGAAUCCUAACCACAAAGAUUGGAGUCUUCGCAUGGAUGACGCCUUAUGGGCAUAUAGGACCGCUUUCAAGACCCCAAUUGGCAUGUCACCUUAUAGACUCGUGUUCGGGAAGGCCUGUCAUCUCUCGGUUGUACUCAAACAUAAGUCCUAUUGGGCGGUGAAAACGCUGAAUCUCUACAUGGAACAAGCAGGGAUCCAAAGGAAGCUGCAACUACAAGAGCUAGAGGAGCUCCGACUUGAGUCCUAUGAGAACGCCGCCAUCUACAAGGAGAAGACGAAGGUAUGUCAUGAUAAAAUUAUAACAAGAAAGGACUUACAAAUUGGAGACAAAGUCCUUCUUUUUCUAUCACGCCUUCGUCUUUUCCCCGGCGAACUGAGAUCACGAUGGGAAGGACCAUUCGAGGUGGUCAAAGUCUACCCCCACGGAGCGGUUGAAAUAAAGAGCCUCGACACCGGCAAAAUCUUCAAGGUUAACGGACAUCAACUCAAACCGUUCCUUGAAGGUUUCCAAAAAGAAGGCGUUGAACGCAUGGAUCUCUUCGAUCCAAUCUAUGAAGAAUGAACACAACCAUGGCGUCGUGCCGCAACGUUAACUAAGGCGCUUCUUGGGAGGCAACCCAAUCAAGGUACGUGAUUUUUUUAUUUCCUUGUCAAAUUUCCAGUUUCUGUUUUGAGAGGGUGAGAGAGAGGGCACUAAUCACAUGUUUUGAAAAAAGGGAAAGUGCAGGUUUUGAAGUAUCUGGGGACAUACCCAAUCGAGUACCACUAUACACCCGGUCGGGUAUGGCUAAAAAAGGGGAACCGAAGCACUACUCGAUCGAAUGAGAGUAAAUUUUUCAAAAAUCCAUGUAUACCCGAUCGGGUAUAAAUACAUACCCGGUCGAGUAUACAUAGAAAGGCAAAGCUAAAAGGAACCUGCCCCGGACACUCGAUCAAGUACGGGGUCCAAAUAUUGCAAAAGGAAGAAUACUCGAUCGAGUAUCACUACACACCCGGUCGAGUAUGUUCAGAAGGAUGAAACCAAAUAGAACCUGCUCCCAACACUCGAUCGAAUACAGGGCUCAAAAUGUGAAAAAGAAACAUACUCGAUCGGGUAUGACUAUACACCCGAUCGGGUAUUGCUGGAAAUUCAAAAGCCCAAACAAGCUGUCUCUAGUACCCGAUCGGGUAUGGCAAGAUAUUCGGUCGAGUAUGGCUGGAAAACCGAAGUUUUGAACAAAUUGUCUUCCGUACCCGAUCGGGUAUCACACCAUACUCCAUCGGGUAUACCUGCGUUUUAACCCCAAAACAGCCCGAAUCACUUCAUCUUCCCCAAUUUCCCAACCCCAUUUUCGAACCCCUCCUUCCCAAAACUCCAUUUUAGAUCCUUCUCUCUACCAUAUCUCCUUCAUUUCUCCAUCAAAUCACCCCAUUCUUCCACCAAAAUACUCCCCUCACCUUCCUCCACACACCCAUACCCAUAAACCCAAUUUCCCCCCAAAUUUCCAAAGGUCCGAAAAACCCUACCCCCAAUUUCAAUUUUCGAAUUUUGAGCUUCCAAAUCUCCAAAAAUGGCACCAAGAAAGGACAAAGGGCAGAGCUCAAGGGAUAUGGAACCCAUCCCGGGGUAGGAGGACCUCAUUUUCGCCGACAACGAACACCGAGCUCGGUUCAUCACUACAAUUACAAGGCAAGUAAAAUCUUCCCGUUUCUUAUGCCAUGAUGCUCUCCGUGAACUAGGCAUUUAUAGUAGUACCAAGCAAUUCUUUCGUGAGUUGGACAUGAACCGCAUUUUCAAAAUGAAAUACAACUCUAAUGAAAGAAUUGUCUAUGAAUUCAUGAGAUCGGUGAAGUUUGAGAAUGAUGAGGUUGAUUUUAGAGAUGGCAAACUCACAUUUCGUUUGUUUAACCACACCUAUUCAAUAACGAAACAUGAGUUUGCCGAACAUUUUGGCAUCCCCGUCCCCUACGAAAAAGCCAUCUCCGACAACACCAUUUUCGGUCAUUCACUGUGGACCAAGAUGACCGGACAAGUGAACUUUAGCUCCUCCCAGUUGUAUAUUACUCAUGUCCAACACCCCGUCCUCCGAUUGUUCUUGAAGUUUUUAGCAAACUGUUUGCUUGGGCACCCCAAAAAUCACCACAUGAGGAUGGGGAUGUGUGCUUGAUGUCGGUGGCUCUAUUCCGCCGUCAUGUGGACUUUAACCUGUGCAAUCUCAUGUGGGCACAUUUAAAAAAAGAAAGCAGAACGAGGGGGGCAAUUGUUUUGGGUGGGGUGGUUAUGCACUUGGCAAGUAAGUUCGGGUAUAUGGAUAACUCUCUUAUACCCGAUUAUUGUUUGAUGGACAUGACAUGGUUAGGCCAUUCGGGAUGCACAACUUUCUCCCACACACUCUAUGGUGGUGAACAACCGAAGAACAUGUACAACUGGCUCAUACACCCCAAGCCUAUCAAACAUUUCCUCUUGCCUAGCCCAGACCUUCCCAAACUACUCUACAAAGUAGAGGUAGAGGUGCCCCAUUACCUAUUCCCACACGCCCUUCCACCACACCUCCAAGAACCGCAACAAGAGUCACUCCAAUACCAACCCGAGGAUGCACCUUAUGCCGAACCCCAUGAUAAUGAGGACAUGGACACAGACAUCCCCGAGCAGCACCAAAACCCUCCUCCACCCAACUAUUUCCAACAAAUCUUGGAGGGUCAACAACAACUACUUGCAGGGUUCAACCAAAUGAACCUUAACUACAUGGUUAUGGGAGAGCGGCUCAACCAAGUGCAGGAGGAGCAAAGGGCAGGUUUUCAACGGAUGGAGGAGCUCCGAGAAGCCAACAGGCAUCGAUAUGAAGAGGAUCAACGUAGGUUCUACGGACCUAUGUACUCUUACAUAGCCCAUCAAGGAUCCUUUCACACUAUGGCGAACCCCCUCCAUCACCCUCGUGGUAGGACCCCAUUCAUUGGGGUAACUUUGGAGGAUCUAGCUCCGGAGGUGGAAGGUAUGAUGGAGGAGAUCACGGGAAUGGCGACACCGGUGGCGGAUUUGAUAGCAGCUUUGGGGGCGGUUUCGGAGGCAGCUUCUAUCGCGGAGAAGGCGGGCACUAGGGACAGUGCUUGGACUAAGUGUGGGGGAGAGACUCCUCAUGGCACUCAUUUGAUCUCUCUGGAGAAUAAGAAGAUUCAAGAAGAAGAAGAAGAAGAAGAAGAAGAAGAAAAGAUGAGCACUAGAAGACCAUAAAACCCAAGAUGAUAUUUGUAAUUUGAGCUUAAAAACUCAUGUUUUAUCCUUGGUGGUCUUUGUGUUUUUAUCUUGUUAAAAUUGUUGAAAUUGUGAAAGACUUGACACUUGUGAACAUUUAACUUUACUCGAGGACGAGUAAAGAAACUAAGUAUGGGGGAGUUGAUAAUCAUGUAAUUUCC